GCUGAAUGCAAAAUGAGUUUAAAAUCUAGGAAAGCAUUAACUUACAUGCAUUGAUUAGGGUCAGUUCAGUUUUUCUGGAACAAGUGUAUCCAAGCGUCUAACUAUUGUGUCAGUGGAAGGCACUGAAUAAUGCCUUCAGGUAGCAAAAAGUCAAGAUCUCAAAGUUCCAAGCCUGCAGCAAAGAGCAAAAGAAAGCGCUCUUCCAAGAAGAGGUCUGUCAGUGCCAAAUCCACUAAGACAGAUGUGGAUAUUCUGAGUCCAGCUGCCAUGGAGAACGUCUACUACAUCUCCCAUAAUGCAGUGGACUGCUUGGAGUUCAGAGGAUUUGGCUGGACUGGAGCCACCAAGAAGAAAGGAAAAAAGGGGAAAAAAAAAAAGAUCAAAAAAUGAAAACUAGAUUUGUGCC